UUUUUUUUAUCUCUCUCUCUCUCUCUCUUUGCCUUUUACCAGUCUUAUAUUUAUGCCACCUUACUCACCCACGAGAACUCUAAGUGAAAGCGAUCUACAAGACUUGCUGACAGAACAAGUCAAUGAGGACUAUUUGCCACUCUUCCAGGACCUGACGCCUGGAUUUGAAUUUCUCUAUUCUGCACCUGCUUCGCCGACACUGGAUUCUUCUUCAGAUACUACUGCUUAUUGUUCACCUACAAUGGAAUAUGAUCAAUGCAAACAAUAUAGUAACCUUCAAAUUCGUGUGUUGGGUGUUCCUACUACGGGCGCCAAAUCACGCGUGGAAACACAGAUUAAACUAUGCAUCCAAUUGAUGACCCAGGAUAAGAAAGUCAUGGAUUGGUCGUACAUUCGCAUCGACGAGACCAUGCUAGCACGUUCUCGGCUUCGAAAGAACCAACAUCAAAAAUCAGAUGGAUCCGUAACCACCAUGGUAUCUGAUGAAGCAAAGAUUCUGCAAUUGGAAGCAAAAGUGGUGUGUGCUAGUAACACCGAUCAACCUAUUCGUAUGUGCGUAGGUUGUGUACGACGUGAAAGGAAAAGGGCGGAGAGGACAAAAGAUGGUAAACAAAAGCACGAAUAUGUCCUAUCUGAUAAGGAACUCGAAAUGGAAAGAGACCGUAUCUUGUUAUUCAAUUGCAGCCCAAUGUUGAAUUUCUCUUCGGGUGAUGCCAUCUUGCCAACCCGAAUUACUUGUUAUUGUCGUCAUCAUAACGAAAAGACGGGUUUCAGAAUAUGCUUUGUCAUGAAAAAUAUAGAUGGCCUGGUUGUAGGUACAGGCAUCUCCCCUCCAAUCAUGAUUACAGAUGAUCACAAAAAGUCUGAAGACGCUGUAAUUUCAAGACCAGACACUCCCGCUCCUUCACGCAGAAAUUCAAUUUCCACAGAAGAAGACGACGCCUCAUUAGAAAUGACCGUAUUAUGUAAUGGAGAAGAAGCAUGGCCUUUUAAUAGACGCAGAAGAAUCACAUUGUCUUCUGAUACACUUGAUACAUUGCCUCAAUUGGAUAGGUUAGUCCCGUCACAGGGUCCUACCUAUGGUGGCAUUGAAGUCACUUUGUUGGGUUCGGGUUUCUAUCAAGGGUUAACUUGUUUGUUUGGUGAACACCAGGCUUCUACUAUUUUUUGGAACUCAAGUACUAUGGUCUGCAUACUGCCUCCUGCUAAUCACACAGGUCCUGUGGUCGUAUCGUUUAAGGAACAUACACUUGUCUUGGAAGGACAGGAUGUGGCCAUCUUUACAUAUUUUGAUGCUAGUGAUCAAGCCUUGCUGGAAUUGGCUUUACAGGUGGUUGGACUAAAAAUGACGGGCAAACUACACGAUGCUAAAUCCGUAGCGAUGCGCAUUGUACAAGGUGGUGAGCAAUACCAACAACAAAACGUGCAGCAAGAUUUGGUACAUGCAUUACAGAAAUCCAGUUUAUUAAAUCUACUUGUCACUAAUAAACAAGGCCAAUCAUUACUGCAUCUUGCUGUAAUUGUUCAAAACGAAGUGCUUGUCAAGUCACUUGUUGCUUGUUGUCCAUUAGACGAAAAAGCCAAAUUGUUAAACCUGCAAGAUGUGAAUGAAAUGACGUGUCUUCAUUUUGCCAUACAAUCCAAAUCGGUUGAUAUGGUUCGUCUUUUGCUUAUAUCCGGUGCCAAUCCAACACUAGUCUGUAGAUUUGAUUUGGAUGUGUUACCAACCAUCAAGGACAUUCUUGAUUUAUAUACCAGUAAUAUUCAAAGACCUCUUUCACGAAGACCUAGUAAAAGUCACAUGAUGCAUCGCUUUCAUAGUAUCACAAGCAGUACAUCGCAUCAUGAGUCCACACCGCCAUCAAUGGAGUCAGACGGGCUCGGAUUUGUCAAGCAAAAAAUAGAUCGCCGUCUUUACCUAUUUUGGCUUCCCGUGUUAAUAUGUAAGUAACAGAAAGAAAAAAAAACCUUUCACUAAAACAGCAUAUGCAGUGGCAAUUGGUCUAUUAGGUGUUCAAUUGAUUGGAAACCAGCCGUCGUUCAUGAAACCCAUCUUGGAUGCUUUACCUAAACAUCAUUCUAUCUCAUUAUCUGCAUAACUUUUUAUCUUUUCCUUUUUUUAUAUAUCAGACUUCUGGAUUUUGUCUUUUGCGCGUUGUUUGGGUUUGUUUUGUUUUUACUAUUUGUCGCUGAAUAAUAAAUGAUAUCUACUAAGAAGCAACUACCUGUUUGCGCAUAUCUUCAUAAUAAAAAGUCAUGUUUCCCGUAUUUAGACGCAAGAAUGAAAUUAAGUAAAGACACUCAGAGAGGUUGUCUUUGGACACGACAUUGUGAAUAAAGACAAGAGUGGAGAGCUUGGAUUGAAUAUUCUUCUCUUUUGAUAUAUAUAUAUAUAUAUUGUAUGUCUUUCCA